CUCGGCUGAUUUUGGAUGUGGGUUUUUUUCACAAUGCAAAGGAUCAGGAGGUCAAGUAACAAUACAAGACAAUAAAGGAACUACAUAGUAUAAGAACUGUAUAAGAAGCUAGCUACCUGUACGUGACCAGCUGGAUCCUGGUGUAUCAAGCACAGACGCUCAAGUCUCAAUAUGGAGCAAAAAAUAACUUUUCUAACCAGUCUAUUUAUAGCCCUACUCAUAUCUUCCAUGGAGUGUGCCCCAGCUUCUCCCAUUGUUAUAGUUCCUGGUCUCCUUGGAAACCAGAUAGAAGGCAGAUUAAACAAGACAUCUGUGCCGAAUUUUUUCUGUCGUAAGGUGUCUGAUUGGUCCAUACUAUGGCUGAGUGUUGAGUUACUCCUCCCUGAGAAGAUUGACUGUCUCAGCGAUAACCUCAAGCUUAAGUUCGACCCCAAGACUGGCAAGUACUCUGACAACGAUGGUGUGGAGACCCGGAUACCUGGUUUUGGAAUGACAAGCAGUAUUGAAUAUCUCGAUCCAAGCACAAAGUUCUACGAUGCGACUCUGUACUUCCACGCAAUGGUUGAUUACUUUGUGGGCAAAGGGUACACACGUGGCAAGGACAUUGUGGGAGCACCAUAUGACUGGAGAGUGUCACCUAUUCAACAUUUGGACAGCGGCUACUAUUCCAAUCUAAAGACCCUCAUUGAGAAAACAUACACUAUUAACGGGAACCAGAAAAUUGUCCUUGUCGUACACAGUAUGGGCGCAAUCACGAGCCUCUACUUUCUCAACAAAGUUGUGGACCAGAGCUGGAAAGACAUGUACAUUCGUAGCUACAUCUCAAUAGCUGGAGCUUGGCAAGGAGUGGCUAAAUCUGUGAAGGCAUUCGCUUCUGGAGACAACGAAAAUAUUAUUAUUGAUAAAGAUAUUUGGGACCGAGCCGGCCAACGAACGAGCCCGAGUACAGCGUGGUUGUUGCCCAACCCCUCUGAUGUAUGGCCCAAAGAUGAUGUUCUGGUGGUGACGGAUGAGAAGAAUUAUUCGGCCUGGGAUUACAAAGAGUUGUUUACAGAUAUGGGCUAUCCUCGUGGCUAUGAGAUGUAUCUGGAGGUCAUGAACUUGACAGCUGGCCUAACACCUCCCAACGUCACCCUUCACUGCAUAUACGGGGGCCAAGUGAACACACCCCUCACAUUCAUAUAUGGGCCAGGCCAGUUCCCUGACACUGACCCCAGGGUGGUAUAUGGGGAUGGAGAUGGCACUGUCAACAUCAACUCACUCAAAAGCUGUGAGCAAUGGAAGACCAAGCAAACGUACCCUGUCUACUCUCGACAGGUCUUAAAUGUUGAGCAUGUCUCUAUGGCCAAGAACCAAGAAGUGAUCAACAUGGUAGAUGAGGUUGUGUACGGCACUCAGUGAGUGUCUCAUGCAUCUGUGUGUGCAUGUGUGAAUGGACCAAUGGACUUUAUCAAACUGUUUUUUUUUCUUUUCAGAAAUAAUUAUUUCUACACUUAUUACAACAUACAGAAUGAUAUAAUAAUCAGAAUUGUAUUGCAAGGUA